AUGAGCUCCCCAAACCAGAGCGUCCACCCGUCAUCGACGGCCCAUGCCGGGUCGGAGCCUCUGGUGAACACAAUGUUUGGAAAGACGCCCCUGCUGAGCCUCGGGCUAUCCGUCGCCAUCGCCACCGUCUUCCUGGGCAAGUUCCUGUUUGGCGGCAGCGGCAGCAAGAAGCUGGUCUUCCCCUUGGUCAAGAAGGAGGGAGACGGGUACAACUUCCUGAGCGACGCGCUCAAGAUGGUGGAGAAGGGGAGGAACGAACACCCCGGCGUGCCCUUCUUCAUCGAAGGCGAGAACGGUCCGCUCGCCGUCUUCCCGCCCAACAUGAUUGAUGACAUUCGCAGCCACGAGAACCUCAGCUUCCACCUCACGGUGCGGGAGGACUUUCACGAUGGCAUGUCUGGCUUCGAGGCCUUCACCAUCGUUUCACGCGGCGGGGGGAUUUUGCAGACCGUCAUCUCGAAGCAGCUGACCAAAUGUGUCGGUGCCAUGUUGAACAGCUUGUCUGACGAGGCGGCUUAUGCUCUACACAAGAGCUUUGGUGAAGAGACUGAAUGGCGAAAACACACGAUCAGGCCGAUUGUUCUUGACACGAUAUCUCGCGUGGCAUCCCGCAUCUUCCUGGGCGAAGAUCUGUGCCGCAACGAGGAGUGGCUGGAGCUGAGCAAAGGCUACACCAUCGCCGCCUUCAUGGCCGCCAGGGACCUGAGGCAAAGGCCGUUCCACCUCCGGAGGCUCAUCCAGUGGUUCGAGCCCAGCUGCAAGACGCUGCGCAAGUACCGCGACAGCUCCAGGGCUCUGAUCCUCCCCAUCGUCGAGAAGAGGCGCGCCCUCCGCCGCGAGUGCAUCGCCCAGGGCAAGCCGCUCCCCGUCUUCAACGACUGCAUCGACUGGUUCGAGGAGGAGGCCGCCGGCAGGCCCUACGACGCCGGCAUGACCCAGCAGGCCAUCGCCGCCACCGCCAACCAUACCUCGUCCGACUUCGCCACCAAGUUCAUCCUCAUCCUUGCUCAAUACCCCGACGUCGUGCAGGAGAUCAGGGAAGAGAUUGUAAAGGUGAUUGGGGCCGAGGGCUUGACCAAGGCGUCCCUCGCCAACCUGAAGCUCCUCGACAGUGCGAUGAAGGAGACGCAGCGUCUGCAACCUCUUACUACCUCUCCCAUGGCCCGCAUGGCAACAAAGGACAUCCACCUCGCCAACGGCGUCUACAUCCCCAAGGGCACCUCUCUGGUCGCCGACGGCAUCUGGCGGCUGAGCCCCGAGAUAUACGAGAACCCGCUCGAGUUCGACGCGCACCGGUUCGUCAAGUGGCGCGGCACCGACAAGGAGAACAUGGCGCACUUUGUCAGCACCGCCGCGUCGCACACGGGCUUCGGCCACGGCAUCUGCGCCUGCCCCGGCCGCUUCUUCGUCACCAACGAGGUCAAGAUCAUCCUCUGCCAGCUCAUCAUGAAGUACGACUGGAAGCUGGCCGAGGGCUCCACCGCCGAGCCGCUCGUCUUUGGCUUUAACCUCGACGCCUCGUGGGACGCCAAGAUCAUGGUGCGGAGGAGGAAGGUGAUGGAGUUGGACCUUGAUGCUUUGUCGGCGUAG